CUUAAUUGUUAUAGUAAUUGAUUGGGAUAAUAUUUAUUUAGUAAAUAAUUGAAUAUAUAAAUAUAAAGUUUGCUAGUCAACAUAAACAUGGAUUUAACAUUACUUUUUAAAGCAUGCAUUAAAACAGUUAGAACUACGAAUAAAAUGGUAAAUAAUGAAGACACUACAAGUACUCUUUUAAAGGUUAAGAAAAAAGACCCUAUUUUGAAAACUGCAAGAGAUAUAUUAAAAAAGAUUAGAAGUUUAGAGGAUUUUUUGCGAGAAAACAAAGCUACUUACUUAAAUGUUAUAAAUUACAUUUCAACUUAUAAGACUAUGAGUGAGACUGAUAAGGGGAAAGUAGAUAGUACAGCUGAGGAAAUUAUAAAUUAUAGUAAAAGCUCCAUUAACAGUCUUAGAGAUGAAAUUCAGAAGAAUGUUAAAUGUAUUCAAAAGCUUGAGCACUACUCCAGUGUAGUACAGUCCCUUGAAAAAUAUUUAAAAGAUGUUUCAAAACUAUAUGCCGAAGCAAAAGCUAUUAGAGUCAAAAGGGUAGUGGAAACUCAUAAGAUAUCAAAGUUAGAACUCGAAAACAAUUCUAAAGAACAUUUAAAUGAUAUAAAGGAUUCAAAUAAACAUAGUAAAUCAAUAUUAAAUGAUAUUUCUAGUAUUAACGGUACUGCAAAAAGUGAUGAAGGUAACUUGACCAUGGAAGAAAUGCAAAUGUUUGAAUCUGAAAAUGAUGCAUUAUUUUUGGAGUUGAAUAGUUUAUCUGAUGAAGUGAAACAAAUGGAAACUAAGGUGGUGCAUAUAGCUGAGUUACAAGAACUUUUCACAGAAAAGGUUCUUCAGCAAGAAAUAGAUAUUGAUCGAAUUGCUACAACAGUUGUUAGUGCUACAGACAAUAUGAAAUAUGCGAAUGAACAAAUAAGGCAAGCCAUUCAAAGAAAUGCAGGAUUACGAAUUUGGCUUUUAUUUUUCUUGCUAGUUAUGUCUUUCUCCUUACUGUUCUUGGACUGGUACAAUGAUUAAACUUUUAGUUUAGUUAGUUAAAU